AUGACUCUGCUGGUGACCUGCGUGAAGACCCCCGAGGACUGGGAGAAGGCCAGAGCCAUCCGACUGCAGGUGUUCAUCCAUGAGCAGCACUUCGAGGAGGAGGGCGAGUUCGACGACGACGACGUGCAUCCGUCGGCGCUGCACUUCAUUGGCACGGACGUGGAGCAGAACAAGGUGGUGGCUGUGGCGCGCGUGGUGGUCGACGACGCCAAGCGCAAGGCGAAGCUCAGCCGUGUAGCGGUGCUUUCCGAGUGUCGUGGCAAGCGCUACGGCGUGGCGCUCAUGGAUGCAGUGGAGGACUACAUCUGCGACCGCGUGGACCUGUUCAUCCUGGCGGCUCUGAUCAAGAAGAAGGGCUUCUACGAGAAGUGCGGCUACAGCUGCAUCGACGACGAGAUCUUUGUGGACGAGGGAGCCAAGCAGUGCUGGAUGACCAAAGCCCGCUCACCCAGUGGUGGAAGCGAAUUCGACGUAGAGACAGAGGAAGGGAGGGUAGUAGAGUGA